ACGUAACGGUACCACCUCGCGCUUGACGCAUCGAUGUAGCCGAAGUGGCGCGCUUACGAAAGCGCGAAAACCUCUCGAGCUCUGAAGCCUGAUGUCAAUCCAAUCCCAGUCAGUUCCUGACAGAAGCAGAAACAACGCCUCUGCCAACGCUAUCUUGUCGAACUUCAACAAUAGCAUUUCAUUUCUUCCGCAUUUUGUGGUGCUUAUCGUCGUUUACCACUCGAGCACAACCUCAUGGAUUCGUCAGUUGAUAUUGGAACGCUGAACCAACUGAGCGAAACCCUCUUCCAGGACUUGUUGAAAAUGUGUUUACAGUUCUUACAGCUUCAACAGCAAGAGGAUUCUAAUGCAAACGCGUGGCUUCGACAGACUUUGGAGGCGUACGCCAACAAACAUGCCAAUAACAUGGCGCAGCUGAAGACUUCUUGCAAAGCUAUACUGACUCUCGUGGAAGAAGUCCAAAGCAGGAAACCAAGCAGUUCCCAACUGUCCACCGACCUUUCAUCCCUCGGCUUAGAUGCGCCCAAAACUGAAGCGUUUGUCGAAAUCUUCAAUAGACAGAAAGGAUCACAGCAGCCGUUACUUUCGAACCAACUAGUGAACGCCCAGUGGCAGUUUGGCGUUACCGUUGCCAGUAGCGGAGAAGCGGCCAAACGAGCGUUCGUCCAGUUGAGGCUCUCCAUCCGCAGGCCCGAUGGCAGCCUAGGAGACGUCCACUGCGAGAUGUCAGCCCCACAAUUUUUUUCAUUUUGCCACGAGAUGGAACAGGCGAAAGUUGCUAUGCAGUCACUACACUCAUGACGAGACCUCGUACGUUUCCACAUCCAUUGCGUAUGUUGUAUUCUUGCUCCGUGAGCAAUGUUUUUGUCCAAUAGAGCGGACUUAUGUGUCCGAAGUACUUGCACAGUAGAAAAUAAAUGUUAUGUAAGGUAAUGUCCAUACCAGUGA